GGUGAGGGUGUGUUAUGUGUGUGUGUGUGUGUGUGUAGUACUAGAAUAAAUGACUGUAUAACAGUAAGUCUGAAGUUAUACUCAGUGAUAAGGAGACAGAGAAGAAGAGACACAAACAGACAGAUACAGUCUGAGAGAGAGAGAGAGAGAGAGAGAGAGUCAGAAAGAGAGAGAAAAAUAGAGAAAGAGAGAGAAAGAAACCGAGAGAGAGAGAGAGAGAGAGAGAGAGAGAGAGAAACAGAGAGAGACAGAAUAAAAAAUAGAGCAAGAAGAGAAAGACAGUUAGAGAGAGAAGAUGGUGGCGUGAGAGGAAGUUGUUCCUGAAACAGAGAUUUAAUCCUUAUGUUCCUGUGAGGAAAGUUUACCGCUCCGCAUCAUCCACACACACCAGUGCCGUAAUGAUGGUGAACAAUACCACAAACUCAUUCUCUCCUAAUGACACCCAAUCAGACCCCACUGUCUCCUUUGCUAUCGGUGCCUUCAUCCUUGCCAUCGUCUUCCUUCUGGGCGUGCCAGGAAACCUCUUCAUCAUAUGGAGCAUCCUGGCACGUGCCCGUAAGCGCUCGGUCACCACGUUGAUCAUCCUGAACCUGGCAUGUGCCGAUGGUGCCAUCAUGUGCCUCACUGUGUUCUUCAUCUUGUACCUGGCCAAGCAGUCAUGGGUAUUUGGACACUUCAUGUGCAAGCUGCUCUUCUACCUGUGCAACACCAACAUGUAUGCCUCCAUCAUGCUCAUCACGCUCAUGAGUGUGCAUCGGCUGCUGACCGUGCUGCGACCACAAGGUGCUCACUUCUUCAAGCGCAGGAGGAACGUGCUAUGCAUCCUCACCACGCUCUGGCUGCUCGUCUUCAUUCUCGCCAUCCCUGCUCUGAUCUUCAGGAAAGUGAUCAAGGAGAACGCCAAUCUGACGCUCUGCUCACACCAUCACCCUGAUCCCAGAUAUGAGGCAUUCCACAUGAGCAUGGAGACGGUGCUGGGCUUCCUGCUGCCCUACGGGAUCAUCGUCAGCAGUUACGUGUGUAUUCUCCGCCACUUGCGACAGACACCGUUCAAGAGGCGAGUGCGCAGCGAGAAGCUCAUCCUUGCCAUCAUCAUCACUUUCGCUGCUUUCUGGCUGCCGUAUCACAUCAUCAACAUCGUCCAGGUGGUGUCUGCAUGUGCACCAGAGGAUUCUCAGCUGCGAAAAAGGUUGAGCAGCAUCUCAAGAUUGUGUCGAGCCGCCACUUCCUCUCUGGCCUUCAUCAGCAGCUGUGCUAACCCGGUGCUGUACACGCUAGCCGGACGCUCGUACAUCCGCACAGACGGACUGUCCUUCAUGGCCCGGCUGUUCGAGGGCACGGCGCUGGAGAUCAUCGGCGGAACGCUCCGAAUUCACCGCAAAGUGAGCAGAGCAGGAGCAGCAGUGCUCGCACUGAACAAAUGCGACUCCAUCACGAACAAAGCAGAGCCAAGCUAACAACAAAAUAAAACAUUUAUAUUACUACACAACUAAAUCUAUUUUUUACAGUGAUUCAAUCAUAUAGUGAGUCAGUGAUAUAGUGAUUUAGUGAUUCUGUGAUAUAUUGAUUCAGUGAUAUAGUGAUUUAGUGAUUCUGUGAUAUAUUGAUUCAGUAAUAUAGUGAUUUAGUGAUUCAGUGAUAUAUUGAUUCAGUGAUAUAUUGAUAUAGUGAUUU